AUGAAACAUAAUUUACCACCACAGUCAUGUGAUCAGGACUUCAGAAAUGAUUACACUGUUUGUCUGAAUUCAUAUAAAGUUGAAUUUGUGGAGAAUGAAUUACAACCAAUACCCACAACUCCUACACCAAUUAAAGAAGAAGAUGAGGACCCAUCACAUUUAAAACAAGAUUUAUUGAAAAAAUCAGUCACUAUAGAUCCAUUAUCAACUGGUUAUAAUAGUAGUGAAGAUGUUGAUUCUAUAUUAGAUGUUAUUAAAAUGGAUGUUGAUAGAUUAAUUAUUGAUUCAAUUUUCCAAAAUGAAGAUAUAAAACAAGAUAUUUUAACAAUUUUAUAUAAUUAUAAUAAUUUUACCCCCUACAAGCAAGGUUUCCAUGAAAUUUGCGGAUUAAUUUAUUUAGAACUUUAUAAAGAUGAUCCUCAGAAUCCACAGAUAAAAAUUGAAACUUUUAAUAUUUUUACAAGUUUAAUGCUAAGUGUUGUACCCAAUUUUUAUAUUGAAGAUAAUUUAAUUGGUUGGUGUAUUUCCAUUUUCAACAAAUAUUUAAAAUUAAUUGAUGAUUCAUUAUAUGAUUUUUUAAUAAAGACACAUAAAAUUGAAAGUCAAAUUUGGUUAAUUAGAUGGGUAAGAUUAUUAUUUUUAAGAGAAUUAGGUAUGCAAAACACAAUUAAAAUUUUGGAUAAAUUUAUUUGUUUUGAUUAUGAUUUAUGUAAAUUAAUUCCAUUUGUUAUUAUAAUUCAAUUAUUAAAAAUUAAAUUAAAUUUAGCAGAAUGUGAAGAUAAUGGAGAAGUUUUAUCAUUAUUAUUACAUUAUCCUCAUACCCAAAUGACAAAUGAAGAUGUUAAAAAUUUAAUUGAUCAAAGUAUAAAAUUAUUUAAAUCUCCUGAAUCUGAAUUAUCUAAACUAGGGGUUCAAUUAAAUAAAGAUAUAAAUAAAGGUAUAAAUUGGGAUAAAGUUAAAGAUAUGGAUAGAUUAAAGAUGGAAUUACGUCUGCAGAAAAAAGUUCGUGGAUUAUUAGGUCGUAAGAAGUGA